AAAUUUUAUAUUUAUCCCAAAUUUUUUCAGCCUUUUUCGUCUCUUUCCUCGUCUCUCAAAAAUCUCAUUUCCAUGUAUUUAUAUUUGUCUUUUUUUAAAUUAGAAAAAAAUUAUCACUGCUUCUUCAAACCCUCUAAAAUUCUCUAAUUACCCCGCUUUAUUACGAUCCUGACCCUCUCUCCGGCCGACGUAUUCUUUUCUCUUUUUCCCGAAAUACCCCUCCGUCGCCUCAUAAAGUACCUUCUUCACGAUUUCAAGGUCGGGCCGGAUUCAAAUGAUAGCUCUGAAGACAUUCCUCCUUUUAUUCGUCUAGAAUAUUCUGUCCUCUUUGGAGUUUAUGCUGGUCAUAUUUUGUAGAAAAGUUAAACUCAAAGGUUGAUCUCCUGAGUUCGUGACAAAAUGCUUUUUGAUGGAGACCGAAGAGUAUGGUUAGACGUCAGUUAUUCUAACUACCCAAAGUCAAAUUAUAGUGGCAAAGCUGUGGAUCUGGUUGGUUUGUGUUCCAUAGCAUUGAUAGAUGGAUUUCAAUUUGAAAUGACUUCUAAUGUGGGAUAUGGAUGGUUUCUGUCAUAAAACUAGGGAAAUUUAGUUUGUUUGCAUUUAACUUUAUAUGCCUUAAUUGACUCGUGGGGUAGAACAUGGAUUUAUUGCAAUAUCAGAAACCUCAUUCUGAGGCAUUAGAAAUGCAAGCAAGUUGUAUAUAUGCUAGCUUAUUAGGCAUGCGGCCGGAGAUUUGUUUAUAGUUUUGGGACCAUUGGUUAUGUGAACUUCCAUUUGGACAUGAGGUUGCUGUAGUGAGUGCAUAAGAAUUUAUGUAAAAGGUCUAUUUAUUGCUCUGUCAAGUACUGUUUUAUGUUGUCAUUAUAUACCUUAAACUCUUUCCGUUAAUCUUAGAUCUUCCUUCAAAUGGCUUCUCAUGUUGUUUGACUGCUGCCAUUUUGAUAGAGAUUGAAACUCUGCAUGCGGUAAGGAACAAUUGUUUGUUAUUUAUUCUGAAAGGAUCCAAUGGAGCUGAAAGCUUCAUCACCUAAGCUUGGUGGUCUUUCUCCUCCUGCUUAUGUUAGUGAUCCUGAGGAUAAGGAAGUCAGUGAUGAGGAGGAUGAUGACCGCAACCACAAGCAUCGUCGGCGUGAUACACGUUCUCAAUCAUUAGAGACAGAUUCUGUGGAUCCAGUUUUUACAAGGCCAUACAAAAAGCACAAUAAACCUUUUGAAAAUGGGCAUCCUAUCAGAGAAAAUGAAUCUCGAGCAGGUGAAACCUGGAAAAAUUACAACGGUUUGCCACUUGACAAAGACUUGGCAUCCAAGUUUGGCAAAAGACGCCCUGUAUUUAGGUCGAACCAAACAUUUAGUGGAGAUUAUGGUCCUGGUAGGGCAAGAGGAAGGGAUAACUCUUCUUGGAAACAAUGUGAUCCUAGGUUUAGUUCAGUUGACAUUGCUUCUCAGAUGGUUCAGCCAGGAUCUGUUGCUCCAAGUCUCUUUGCAGGAAGGGGAUUACCAAAUGUUUCAAAUGCACAAAGCUCAUCAUGGACUGCCUUUGGACUUAUGCCUGGAAUACCAAAUGGCGGCCUGGAUACUCUCCAUCCCAUUGGCUUACAAGGUCCGCUCAGGCCUCCGAUGAAUUCUUCAUUGAAUAUGGGCAUUCCUCGACAGCGUUGUAGAGACUUUGACGAGCGUGGAUUUUGUCUAAGAGGAGACAUGUGCCCAAUGGAGCACGGUGUCAAUCGCAUUGUUGUUGAAGAUGUUCAGAGCUUGUCACAGUUUAACCUUCCUGUAAUGGUUUCAAGUGCACAGCUAUUGUCAACCCCUGCUGUACCUGGACCACUGCCUUCAGGUGUUCCUUCUUCAGCCUCUUUAAUGAACAGUGAUGGUAUUUAUAGAAAAAGUAGCAAACCUGGAAUGACUGGCGAUGCCAUAGGUUCAAAUGGCACAUAUACUGUUUUUACUAGUGCUAGUGAGGCUGAUUUAUAUGAUCCUGAUCAGCCUUUGUGGAAUAACAAUGGCUCAGAAGCAAUGGCAGCUCUCUCAGGUCUACAUUCACCCAAGGUUCAUGAAAUGGAACCCUUGCACAAUAAUGAGUUUCCAGUUAGAAGCACUGGGUCACAGGGCACAAAUUCGUCUGUUUGGGGUAGAAUUGCUAGCUCAAGAAAUAGAAUAGAUACAAAACAGGAAACUGAUCUCACACGGUCGGACUAUCUUGAGAAUGAAACCAAGGGAGAACAAAAAGAAUUUCCCAGCUCACAAGGCACUUCCUGUCAGGUAAAGCCAAUCAGUACUGAGGGUGAUGGCACCAAAGUUAUGGAUUUGUCACUCAAGUCACAGACUGAUAGUAGACAUAAUAGCAGAAAACCAACUCAGAAGGCACUUCGUACACUGUUUGUCAAUGGAAUUCCCCAAAAAAGCAACAAAAGAGAAGCUCUUUUUUCUCAUUUUCGUAAGUUCGGACAGAUUAUUGACAUUUAUAUUCCAUCAAAUAGCGAGCGUGCCUUUGUCCAGUUUUCAAGGAGGGAAGAGGCAGAAGCUGCUUUGAAGUCACCUGAUGCUGUAAUGGGAAACCGCUUUAUUAAGCUCUGGUGGGCUAAUCGAGAUAGCAUACCUGAUGAUGCCGUAAAAAGUGGCAGCAGCAUAGCAGUAAAUCCACAUGGUCUAACAGCUCCUGCUUUUCAAGUACAACUUGUUGCUACAAGAGGAAAGGAUAAUCUUCAACCAACUGCUCAGAAAAGCAAUGUUGUCCAUGAUGCUGAGGUGCCGCCAUCUCUGAAUUCCCCUAAGCCUGUCAAUUUGAAUGGUCCCAAGGCUUCACCUCCAUUGCAGAAAAAGUUAGAGACUCUGGAGCAGAUGAAGGAGGAGCUCCGCAAGAAGCAGGAAAUGCUGGAGCAGAAGCGGAAUGACUUCCGGCGCCAGUUGGACAAACUUCAGAAACAGUCUAGUGCUGCCAAGGGCGACCUACAUACUGAGCAAGCUGCUAAGAGGCAGAAGGUGGGAAUUGUGACUGACACUGCAAAAGCUUCAACUUCAAGUUCCUCCGAACCAGCUGCUUUUGUAGCAACACCGUGCACUGUAAUGACAGAUAAAAACAAAUCAACGGAGAAUCUUGCAUUGCAGGAAUCUACAAGCUCAAAGCAUCAGUCUCAUCCAUCAGCGGUGGUAGGGCAUCCAAUCAUGAUAAAUAAAUACAAAUUGGACAACCGACCUACUGCUUUUCGAGUUAUUCCACCAUUGCCUGCGGGUUUUGCAGAUGUUGAUGUUUUGAAGCGACACUUCUCACAAUACGGCGAUCUCGUCUCUGUGGAGCUGCAAGAUGUGGAAAAAGAUGAUAAUACGGGAUCAGAGGCAUCGCAUAAUUGCUCGGUUCUUAUAACUUACAGCACACACCGCUCCGCAGAGAAGGCGUAUGCAGAUGGUAAAUGCUGGAAGACACAUAAUUUACAGUUUUCAUGGCAAACAUCUAGCAAUGACCAACAUAGUAGAAAGGAAACCAAUGUGGAGACCAAUGAAAAGUUAACAGCAUGCUGCAGUACUUCGGGUAAUUGCGAGCAUAUGGAAUGUUUAGUACCGGAAGAUUCAAAGCAUAAUCCAUCCCAAAUGUCUAAGCAUGAAAGAGUGGCUGAAAAGGCUUAAGGGCUCAUUUUGAGGCUGUUUUGGGGAUUUGUAUAGUUGAGGUAAAAUGUUAAAAAAACCUAUUGAAGUUCAAAAUUUUGUGAAAGUUAAAAUUCCAUUUUCUUUUUUACAGUAUAAUGUUUGCUUAUGAUACUCGUAUAUUAGUUGUUGCCACCACAAGGAUGAUUAGGGGUGGCAAAUUUGUUUAAUUUUAGGGGACUAACAUUCUCCUUUUCCAUGAAUAUUUGGUAACUUCCUUUUUUA